AAUCCCUAUAUAUAGGACACCUCCCUCAAUCUCAUUCCUAAACCACAAAACAACACACAACAACCCCUCUUCUCAAUUUUUGUCCCUCUCUCUAGUGAAACAUACUCAAACACUUCAAAAUGGACGAACUUAAAAAAUGUCAAGCAAAUUAUACCACACUCACCCCUUUAACUUUCUUGAUGAGAGCUUCAGCUUCUUAUGCAAACCUUACCUCAGUGAUCCAUGAAGGAACCAGUUUCACAUGGUCACAAACUUAUGAACGGUGUCGCCGCCUCGCUUCUUCCCUCCGUUCUCUCAAUAUUGCUAGAAAUGAUGUUAUAUCAGUGUUGGCACCAAACAUUCCAGCAAUGUAUGAGAUGCAUUUUGCAGUACCUAUGGCAGGUGGUAUACUGAACACCAUCAACAUUCGUCUGGACGCUAAGAACAUAGCCACAAUUCUUGGACACUCUGAAGCCAAAGUUUUCUUUGUAGACUAUGAAUAUGUACCCAAAGCUAAAGAUGCCUUGAGAUUACUGAUGGAAGAGAAAGAUAAAAACUUUCUCCAAAACUAUUCAUCACUUCCACUAGUGAUUGUAAUUGAUGACAUAAACUCUCCAACAGGUAUAAGACUUGGUGAGCUUGAAUAUGAAGAAAUGGUUCAACAUGGUAAUCCAAAUUAUGUACCUGAAGAAAUUCAUGAUGAGUGGUCACCAAUUGCAUUGAAUUACACAUCAGGUACAACUUCAGAACCAAAAGGUGUUGUUUAUAGUCACAGAGGAGCUUAUCUUAGUACUUUGAGUUUAAUCCUUGGUUGGGAAAUGGGUUCUGAACCUGUUUACCUUUGGACAUUACCUAUGUUUCAUUGUAAUGGUUGGACAUUCACUUGGGGUGUGGCUGCAAGAGGUGGCACAAACAUUUGCAUUAGAAACACAUUAGCAUAUGAUAUUUAUAGAAGCAUAGAAUUGCAUAAUGUUACACACAUGUGUUGUGCUCCUAUAGUUUUCAACAUUAUAUUAGGAGCCAAAAAUAGUGAAAAAAGAGUGAUUAAAUCAAAAGUGAACAUACUAACUGGUGGAGCACCACCACCAGCUUCACUUGUUGAGAAAAUUGAAGAGCUUGGUUUUCAUGUCACACAUGCUUAUGGUUUAACAGAGGCAACAGGGCCAGCACUUGUUUGUGAGUGGCAGAAGAAAUGGGACAAAUUGCCAAAAGCUGAGAAAUCAAUGAUGAAAGCUAGACAAGGUGUGAGUGUUUUGACAUUAACUGAUGUUGAUGUGAAGAAUCUUGAAACAAUGGAGAGUGUGGCUAGAGAUGGGAAAACAUUGGGGGAGAUUGUUUUGAAAGGAAGUGGAAUCAUGAUGGGGUAUUUUAAGGACAGCGAAGCGACAUCGAAAGCGUUCAGAGAUGGCUGGUUUAGGACCGGGGAUGUAGGUGUUAUACACUGUGAUGGUUAUUUAGAAAUUAAAGAUAGGUCUAAAGAUGUGAUUAUAUCAGGAGGUGAAAAUAUAAGUAGUGUUGAAGUUGAAAAUGUGAUUUAUAGGCAUCCUAUGGUUUUGGAAGCUGCUGUUGUGGCAAUGCCACAUCCAAAAUGGGGUGAGAGUCCUUGUGCUUUUGUGUCCCUUAAGAAGGACAAUGAUGAGAAUAUUAAGGAUGAUCAUGUUUCUGUUACUGAGGAUCAGUUGAUUGGUUAUUGUAGGAAGAAUUUGCCACAUUUUAUGGUGCCUAAGAAAGUUGUUUUUAUGAAGGAGUUGCCAAAGACUGCUACAGGUAAGAUUCAGAAGUUUGGAUUGAGAGUCAAAGCUAAGUUUUUUGUGGUGAAUGAGAAUAAUAGUAAUGGUAAGAAUAGCCAAGUCAAUCAAAAUAAUGAGCAGGUUUUGGCUCUGUCUCGUCUUUGAAGUCUUUGUUUACUUUAAAGAAAUUUAUUAUAGUAUGUGCAUGUUUGUGUGUGUACAUAUAGUUUUGGGCUAUUUGCCUAUAUUUAAAUAGAAUUUUAAAUUUGCUGCUGCUGGAAUGCAGAAUGUCUAUUAGAUAAUUUUAAAUCUAAAAUCUUGAUUUAUAAUUUAGAUGUCUAAUUUUAAUUAGAUGUUAAAUGAUUCAA